ACAACUGGAAAAGGCUGGGGCCCCGAGGCAGUCCCAGAGGUCGCCGCUCCUGACCGCGUCUCCGCGAGCUCCGCCGGCUGCGGCGGGCCGGGGCGGGCGGAAGUGACGUUAUCAGCGCGCGCCGGGCGCUCAGUGGGGUCGGGAAGGGUCGCGCGGGCGGGCGUCCGGGCUGGCUGUGGUUUAACUUCGUUUCCGCGCGCUCGUUGUCAUCUCUCCAGCGACUCCAGCAGUGUCACACUUUCUUGGUGUGGAAGUUUCUAAGAAGAGUGUCCUGGGGAUGCUGUAGGAAGACUGAGUGCUGAAGAAGGUCAGCAUCAUGGAUCAGAACAACAGCCUGCCGCCUUACGCUCAGGGCCUGGCCUCUCCCCAGGGUGCCAUGACGCCUGGAAUCCCCAUCUUCAGUCCAAUGAUGCCUUACGGCACAGGACUCACACCGCAGCCUGUUCAGAGCACCAACAGCCUGUCUAUUUUAGAAGAGCAACAGAGGCAGCAGCAGCAGCAGCAACAGCAGCAGCAGCAGCAGCAGACAACAGCAGCUGCAGCGGCAGCUGUGCAGCAGUCAGCACCCCAGCAGGCACCUCAGGGGGCCUCAGGCCAAACUCCCCAACUCUUCCAUUCACAGACUCUUACAACGGCACCCUUGCCGGGCACCACACCCCUGUACCCCUCACCGAUGACCCCCAUGACCCCCAUCACUCCAGCUACACCAGCCUCUGAGAGCUCUGGGAUUGUCCCGCAGCUGCAAAAUAUUGUAUCUACAGUGAACCUUGGUUGUAAACUUGACCUAAAGACCAUUGCACUUCGUGCUCGAAAUGCUGAAUAUAAUCCCAAGCGGUUUGCUGCUGUAAUCAUGAGAAUAAGAGAGCCACGAACCACAGCGCUGAUUUUCAGUUCUGGAAAAAUGGUGUGCACGGGAGCCAAGAGUGAAGAACAGUCCCGACUAGCAGCAAGAAAAUAUGCCAGAGUCGUGCAGAAGUUGGGAUUUCCAGCCAAGUUCUUGGACUUCAAGAUUCAGAAUAUGGUGGGGAGCUGCGACGUGAAGUUUCCCAUCAGGCUGGAGGGGCUUGUGCUGACCCACCAGCAGUUCAGUAGUUAUGAGCCAGAGUUAUUUCCUGGAUUAAUCUACCGAAUGAUCAAACCUAGAAUUGUUCUCCUUAUUUUUGUUUCUGGAAAAGUUGUAUUAACAGGUGCUAAAGUCAGAGCUGAAAUUUACGAAGCAUUUGAGAACAUCUACCCUAUUCUAAAGGGAUUCAGGAAGACCACGUAGUGAUAUCACGUUCUCCUGUCCCCCAGCCCCUUUGUUUUUUAAACACAUCAGUUUGGUACCUUUCAUGGUGGUGGUGUGAGAAGACGGAUGCUCAGGCGUAGGCUGCAUCACCGAACGGCUCUCCUGGCUAGGCCCUGCUGUGGGACGCCGGGAAGGGCCCUCCUGCACUGAGAACCCCCCGCAGCAUUACUGUGAGUUGCUCGUACUGUGCUGCUAUCUGGGCAGCACUGCCCGUUUAUUUAUAUGUAGAUUUUAAACACUGCUGUUGACAGGUUGGUUUAAGGGAUAAGACUUAAGUGAUGAAGCCACCUAUACAAUUGAACUUGUUUAAUUUUUUCCCCAUAAACCACAGUUUUUAUAUUUCUA